GCAGGCUCUCCGGGUGGACACCGCGAACCUACUUCCGGGUCCGGCCGCUGGUGGAGUCCCCAGUCUGCACUCCGAUGCCGGCACGUUGUGGUCCUCAUCCCAUGCUUCAUCAACCACUGUCAGCCUCUUCUUCCCUUGGAACCACCAUCCGCCUCACCUGCACUCUGAGCAGGAACCAUAACAUCAAUGUUUACAGCAUUUACUGGUACCAGCAGAGGCCGGGACACCCUCCAAGGUUUCUCCUGAGAUACUUCUCACACUCUGACAAGAAACAGGGCCCCAACAUCCCUUUUCGUUUUUCUGGAUCCAAAGAUGUUGCUAGGAACCAGGGAUAUCUGCGCAUCUCUGGGCUGCAGCCUGAGGAUGAGGCUGUGUAUUACUGUGCUGCGGGGCUCCGGAGCCAGGAGAAAGAGAAAGGGAUGGUGAGGGAGAUGGGAGGAGAAAAGUAGGCUACAGAUUCAGGCUCCCAGGCAAUCCGAGACCCUGAGACCUGGAACUGAAGAAAUGGUUGGCUUUG